UUCCUGUCAUUUAAGAUAAUAUGAAAAAUAUAUGAGAAGGAACAGCAGAUUGUUGCAUAGGGAUAUACGUAAAUUAAAUUGCUCUUACUAAUUAUAAAUUAUAUUAACCUGUAACUCCUAAAUUUAUUGAUGGAAGACUAUGGCUAGGCAAAUGAUGCAACGAAUGAUUGUGAAUCUUCUGUUGAAAGCUCAGUCUCAGCCUUUUUUAAAAUCGACUCUGCUGUACAUGAACAAUUAUUCGCCCUUUGUUAAGGCCAUUUUGCAGAAUAGAAUGCUGUGCAAGCAUGUAGAAAUAGUGGAUCAUACCUGUAAGAUAUCAAAUUAUAAUGAUUACCUCAUGAAUUACAAGCCAAUUCAACGGAUCUUGAGGAACACUCUUCAAGAAUUACUGAGUAUGACAAAAAUAGAUAUCAUAAAAGUUAUCGAGGAGUAUCCACAGCUGAGAAAGAGAUCUAGGGCAGAUAUUCUGAAUAAUUAUUAUAAUUUAACAAAGGCUGGUAUACAAAAAGACACUAUCAUAAACAACAUCUGGUUACUAACUUAUGAAAACAAUAAACUAACAGAUAAGCUUGACUGUAUCAAAGUUCUAAACAUAGAUAACAACCAGCUUGUACCAUGGCUAUGCUUAACUCAAGAUGAACUAGCAAACUAUGUACUUUAUACUCAAGAAGAUAUGAAGUCUUAUACAUACAACAGACUGGAAUAUCUUUCUCAUAAAUUUGAGUGUAGCAUACAACGAAUAUGUGAAAUAACAGUACCAAAUUCAUUCUUAUUAAAAAUACCAAUUUUAUCUAUAGAUAAAAAAUCGAACAUAUUGUAUGAAUAUAAUAUAAAAAAUAAAGAUAUAUUAAAAGAUGUAUGGGUUCUUCGAUAUAGCGAAAAUCAUAUACGUCAUAGAUGUGAGUUAUAUAAAGAUACAGGAAGGUUAAAGAUGAAAACAUGGGCUAUACGAUGUUCACUUCAUGUUAUAUCAAGGGCCAUUCAAAAGAAUAAGGUGGAACGUAGCUUAAUGCAACAUUAUGGAAAUGUUAGCGACUAUUUGCAAAAUAAGUUGAAAAUCGACGAUGAAAUGCUCAAUUCAGCAGUCCAGAAAGUACCAAAUAUUUUACGAGUAAAUAUAGCGAAAUUGGAUCAAUUAAUCAAUAUACUACAUCAGAAUGGCAUUACUAGCGAUGAAAUAUUACAAUGUGCACGAAUCUUUUAUUUCAAUAUAAAUACUAUACAGAAUCGAAUUGCGAUUUUAAAGAAAGCAAAUCUUGCUCCAAAACUUACUGUGCUAAUACUAUCUGAGCGAAUCUUUGAUCAGUAUGUAGAAAUAAAUAAUGAACGGCAGAAAUUAUUGCAAGAACAUGGAAGCGUUAAGAAUUACUUAAUCAACACAUUAAAUGUGGAGGAAAAGCUUCUUGAAGAAGCAAUUACAAAAUAUCCAUCUAUCUUACGAAUGAAAUUUAAAAAAUUGAUCAAAUUGAUCGAUUUGUUGCAACAAAAUGGUAUAACAAGUGACGAUAUAGUAAAUCAUCCAAAAAUUUUUUAUUUUAAUAUUGAAACAUUACGUAAGCGAAUUAAAAUACUGAAAGAAAACGGUAUACCACCAAGAAUCAGUUUAUUAAUGUAUGAGCAAAGAAUUAUAGAUCAGUAUGUAAAACUUAGAUUACACAAAAAUAUUAAUACAGAUUAA